ACCAGUUAGACAUAAAAGAAUGCACAGGCCUCUUCCCGAAGCCGAAAGGCCUUCUCCCAUUUCCCGGCAUUUCAGGGGUUACGGAUUGCAAGUUUUGAAUGCAUUUUCUCUCUGGACGCGAAUCUUCGAAACCGUAGCUUGCCAAUGCGAUUUCUCCCUGGACGCGGAUGACAAGUUGGAAGCUGUGAAGAAUCGACAAGAAGCUAGUGAGUGCGGUUCAUUUGAUCUGGGAUCGAUAAUAUCGAGGGAUAUGAAUACCGACGAGCUCAUUGAAAAGUUUAGCAAAUAUGAGGCUGACUACACCCAGCGAUUAAUGGCGAAGUAUUUCUCAGACAAGGAUAUUUUUGGCGGUAAUGUUUUUGAACAAAGUACGAAAGUAGAUGGUGAGACUAUAAAGGCGAGCAGAAGGCUUGUGUAGGUGGCAUUGUGCUCAAUCUUAUGCAGACCCAGUACAGUAUUUCAAAGAGAAAAGCGUGCCCCCCUUGAUUUCUUCUGCAGACGCCCAGGCAAACGUUUCUAAUGGGAAGUCCUCGGUGGAUAAGGAAGGAUGAUGCUCAUAAAAUGUGUAAUUUAUCAAUGCUAUUUGAUCAUAUGUUGUGUUUAAUGUUAGCAAAUAUUGACUGAUUUAAGACAUUGAUGGCAGGUUUAUGAUCGCUUUGGGACUAACAACUAAAUGUUAUUGCACCACAUUGGUGUUGUAGAUCUUUAGGGCCAUAAUUCAAAACUUAUCCA